GCCUCGAUUCCCCUUUGGGCCUCUUCCUGCAGCCUCGGGGCCUGGAGGUGAGUCCCUGCCGGCCACGCUGAGAUCGCGAAGGUGGGGAAGGACGUGGAGGCCCGCGGAGGGGCGAUUGAUGGUGGCGGAAGCCAAUCGCUGCACAACCGGACCGGACUGGACGUGGGGUGGACAUCCAGGCCCAGAUGGACCCUGGGAAGGACGAGGAAGGGGUGCCACCGGCCCCAGCGCCACCCCAAAGAAAGAAAUUCGUCGUACCACUGGAUGAGGACAAAGCCCCACCUACCGGGGCCAAGCUCUUGUUCAAAUCCACUCGGGGCCUUCCUGCUGUGGAGACCCCAGCCCAGGCUGCCCCUCAGACCUAUGCUGAAUAUGCCAUCUCGGGGCCUCCAGCCCCCUGCCCCACAGGGCCAGACCCCCCAGCAGGAGAGACCCCCAACCAGGCUCUGAAACCUGGGGCAAAAUCUAACAGCAUCAUUGUCAGCUCCCGGCAGAGGGGCAACCCCGUGCUGAAGUUCAUCCGCAACGUGCCCUGGGAAUUCGGCGAGGUUCUAGCCGACUAUGUGCUGGGCCAGAGCACCUGUGCGCUCUUCCUCAGCCUCCGUUACCACAACCUCCACCCAGACUACAUCCACGAGCGGCUGCAGAGCCUGGGGAAGAACUUCGCCCUGCGGGUCCUGCUGGUCCAGGUGGACGUGAAAGACCCUCAGCAGGCCCUCAAGGAGCUGGCGAAGAUGUGCAUCCUAGCCGACUGUACGCUGAUUCUCGCCUGGAGCCCAGAGGAGGCUGGGCGCUACCUGGAGACCUAUAAGGCCUAUGAGCAGAAGCCGGCGGACCUGCUGAAGGAGAAACUGGAGCAGGAUUUUGUCUCCAGGGUGACUGAAUGCCUGACAACCGUAAAGUCGGUCAACAAGACAGACAGCCAGACCCUCCUGGCUACCUUUGGGUCUCUGGAGCAGCUCAUUGCUGCAUCCCGGGAAGAUCUGGCCUUGUGCCCCGGCCUGGGGCCCCAGAAGGCCCGCAGGCUGUUCGAUGUCUUACACGAGCCCUUCCUGAAAGUGCCCUCAUGUCCCCAGCUGUCCCAAUAAAGCAUUUCCACGCUC